UUACAGAUUUCUCAAUUCAUCAUCAUUAUUAGAAAUGUUCAUGUUUUAAAAGAAGAUUUAACUCAAGACAAACUCCUUUUAUAUGCAGUUUUGUUCCAGUACGUCUUUUUAAAAUUGGUUUGUAAGGUUGGAGGCGCCACCGCUAUUUAAUGCGGGCACCAUGGACGCAAAAAAGUUACAGCAAUUACAACAAGCACAACAUUUACAAAAGAAAAUACCAUUAGCGUAUCAAACGAACAUUGCUGACUAUCGUACGGCAACACAUUCACCAGUCUUCCAACAGCAACAGCAUGGCAACUAUCAUCUGGGACAUGUAGCAGCCGCCCACCAUCAGCAAUAUCAACAAAGCCCGACAACAACGUCAUCAUCAGGACCACUAACACCAAUCGAUAUACAACCACAUGCCAGUAAAUUACUGUUGAAGCAUCAAUUACAAAGUUCAGGGAGUGGUGGUAGUUCUGCCCAUAGUUCUCCAUACCAUCAGGCCUCCACCUCAUCGGGCUAUCCUACAAGCAGUACGGGUGGUACUGGUGGCACAGAGCAAUUGUAUCAAUCGCCAACAGAACGUACAUAUUUAGCGGCAUCUGGACGUAUUAAUGCUGGCCAUAAUCAGGCUUCCAGUUUACAACUACAAUAUCAACAGUUGCAACAGGCUAAAUUACAUGCACAAUUGGCAACACAAAAUGAGGCAGCUCAAAAUCAACAGAGGCAAUUUGCUUUGAGACAAAUGAUAAAUCCUCCUGUGCCACAGGGUCAUUAUCAUAUGAGUCAGUCAUCAAGUAUGAUGUCUACAUUAACACAACAGCAGCAACAACAACAGCCAACUCAAACACAGCAGCAGCAGCAACAACAGCAACAAAGAGCGCCUCCCUCAUCAUUGAAUUUAACAAAUCAAUUUCAACCAGCUGCUGGCCCAUUAAAAGUUACUCAACAAAAUGCCCACAAAUCAGCUCAACAUUAUCAUCAACAACAACAACAGCAGCAACAAGAACAAAUUUAUGGCCAACAUCAGCAUCAACAAUUACAGAUGCAAUUGCAUCAUCAACAACAGUUGCAACAGCAUCAUCAUGCUCUACAACAAAGAUCGAAAUCUGACUUACAAACACCACAGAGUAGUGAUCAAAGUCCCAUUUAUAUACAACAAAAUCAUCCUGGUCAUGUAGUCAAUCAGGCAGUACAAACACAAAUCUCGACAGUGGCAAAAACUUCCAGUAAUCCUCCACAGAUGACCAAAACUCCCAGUUCGGAGGAAUCUUCAUCGGCUUCGGCCAAAAGUCCUUCACAUGCUCCAUUGGAUCGUAAAAAAUCUGGCGCUGGUUCAAUAUUAAAUUCACAAGCCCUUAAAUCCCCCAUUACCAAAAGGCCACCAAAUUCUCCGGUCACAAUAUCGGGUUGGUUGUACAAACAAGGCUCGGACGGUCUUAAAGUGUGGCGUAAGAGAUGGUUUGUAUUAGCGGAAUAUUGUCUCUACUAUUACAAGGGACCGGAAGAAGAUAAAGUAUUGGGUUCCAUUCUAUUGCCCUCCUAUAAGGUGUCUGCGUGUCUGCCCGAAGAUAAAAUCUAUCGCAAAUAUGCCUUUAAGUGCGAACAUCAAAAUAUGAGAACUUAUUGGCUGGCGGCUGAAAAUGCCGAGUCUAUGGUCCAGUGGGUGAGAGCUUUAAGUGCGGCCGCAAUGAUGCAGGCUCCCAGCAGUGCUGGUGAAUCUUCGGAACAUCCUAGUGGAUCUUCUUCUCUAAAUCAUAGCGGCGAAAAUUCAGACUCAGGCAUUCAUACACUUCAAUCGCAACAAAGUAAAAUGUCCGGUCAAGGGCAAGUAACACCAGCAUCAGAUAAUGGUGGUGUGACAACAUCCAGUAGUAGUGGAGCGGGUGGCAAUGGACAACCGCUUUACGCCAACGCCCCUCCCAAACCCAGGCGUAUCACAGAUGGUGGCUAUUCCUCACCUAGUCCCGAACAUUCCAUUGAUAAUGAAGGCAUGAGACAACAUCAAAUGCAUCAUCAACAGCAGCAAUCUAGUCGUAGAUCAGGUAUAAUGUCUCCCACGCUGCAACAAAUGCAACAGUAUCAACAGCAACAUCAGCAACAAUCGAGAUCCCAACAUCAUGCCAUAUAUGACACCCGCACGGGUAACGUCUCCUCAGCCAUGAGAAUACCACAACAACAACAACAACAGUCGAACUAUCCCAUAGAUACUUUAGAAUCACAGUAUCAACAACAACUAACACUCAGUCCUGACGAUUAUCCUCAAUCACCUUCAGCCCAAUACAUGGACGCUCAAAUGGAACAACAAAUAAUGCAAUUGCAACAGCAACGUGUUGCAGUUGAUGAUAUUUAUGGUGAACGAGAAUUAUAUAUGCAACGUCUUAUACAACAGCGCUAUCCUCCCCACAUGGCGGCCUAUGUCUCAGCAGCCGAACGUCGUACACCCGACGCUUACGGUCGUUCGAAAAAUCGCAUUUUUUCGGAUUAUGAAGAUAUUUACAAUUUGACUGCUGGCGCAGGAAAUACAUCAGCUCAGGAAGCUUUAAUGCAAGAGGCAGCCAGUUAUCGUCGUCCCCUAUCGCCACCUAGCUAUGAGGGCAAUAAACAUGUACCUUCUGCGAUGACAGCGCGCUAUACACCGAAUAAUUUAGAGUCAUCACCUGGACACAAUGCUGCUGGCAGCAAUAUGAACAUAAGAGCCACCAGACCAGCAGCUGCCAUAGUACGUCCUCAUUCGGCAGACUUUUUAGAGUAUGAAGCUAGAGCCGAAGCGGCUGCAGAUGCUGCCGCCAUAGCCGCCACUGCCUCAAUGAUUAAGCCGGAUCCAGUGCGAGCACCACGUCCUAAAUCCAGCCUAGACAUUAAUCGUACACCAGAUAGCUUUUAUUAUUCGGAGGAAAAUUAUGCUGAAAAGAUGCGUAAAAGCGCAUUGUAUUUACAAAAUCCCCAGGCUCAACCGCAACAGGCGGGUACAUAUCGUACCACAAGUGGAUCUACGGAUUUCCUAAGUCCCGUAGCGAGUGGUAUGAAUACAAUCGGUUAUGAAAAUCCUUACGAAAGGACGUAUAAACGUAAUGAGUUGUUACAAGAUGCUUUAGGUAAUCAAGCAGGACAUACUAGCAUUCCACGUAUGAGUCGUUCACAAACAAUGGGUAAUGGUUCACAAAUUCGCUCAUCCUCCACUCAUCCCCAUCACUCACAAUCACCACCAUCUCAGCAACAACAACUACCAGAGCAAUUACAAUUAGGCCAAUCGCCGGCAUACCAACAAAAACAAACGUCACAAUCGUCAUUACUUUCAUCAGGUCUCACCACUCAACAAAUUAUUCAACAAAAUGAACAGUUCCUACGUUCAGCUAGUGCUCGCUUACCUAAACGUUCAUCGACAUUUGACGAUGACCCCUCAACGUCAGCUACUACUCCUACCACUCCUACUACAGUUACUUCUCCACCCACAGGCCCAACCUCACCACAAGCCUCAGCUGGAGGAACUGGUGGUUUAACACAAACAACACCCACCUCUCACUUGGAUGGCGAACGUAAACGUGAAGAAUCAAUGAAACGUUUAUUGGAAUGGAAGCAGCGUAUGUUACAAUCACCUCUUACACGUAAAAGUGGUCAGCAUUCCACAGCGUCUGUCUCACAAAGUGCCCAAGCCAUUGCGGGCAGUAGUAAUAUGUCUGCCAUGUCUAAACUGGGCAGUAAUCCCAACAUUCUAUUAGCCUCAACAGCUGUAGCCAGUGGCGCUCACUAUCCUAACACCGUAACCACCACUAAGGGAGCCAUCUCUUCAGCAACUAAUGCGACUGGUGGUAUACAACGUAGUCGUUCUGAGACUCAUGCCAACACAGGACCUACUGCUGGCUACAAUUCCUAUUCUUCGGAUGAUGAAGCAUCGAUAUCAGUACGUAAUGUACGCAACUUGCCUAAGGGCAACCUGACUGUUAAACCAGAUCCCUCGGAUCCCCAACUGCAGCAACAGCGACAACUGCAGCAGCAGCAGCAACAAUACAAUUAUGAUCAAAUGCAAAAAUUAGAAAACUCCUAUUAUGGCACAGCGCACGAUAUGAAAUAUGCAAAGACCACAUUGUUGACAGAUCGUAAUACAGUGGCUGGAGGCAAUGCAGCAAUAAAUGACCCAUUGCUGGGCAGUGGUGGUACAUAUGCCACCUCUACACCUAUGCAUCGUUCUAGUAAUAGUGGUGGUGGUGGUGCUGGCGGUGUUAUUGCGCAGGAUUAUUAUGGUACAAGCGGUAAUAUAUAUGAAAUGCACAAUACAUACCAGCAACAAUUGCUACAACAACAGCAGCAACAACAACUAAUGACACAUCCUAUGAGACGUGUUAACAGUCGUGCUGAAAUCGACAUGUUGGAACGUGAAACCAGCACACAAAUACGGAAUUUAGAUGUUUCUGCAGGCGAUUUAUUAAGUCGUACUCAUGAGGAAUUGGUUUUAUUAUUGAUACAAUUGAGAAGACAAAAUAGCAAUACUGCUCGAGCCAUUGAGCAAUGUUGCACUGACAUACAUGAUGUUCAGAAUCGUUUACGUACAGCUGAAGGCUUGACACGUGCCGAAAGUAUACAACGUUUAGAUUAUUUGAAACAACACUUGCUCGAUCUGGAGCGACAAUAUGAAAAGAGUAAACCAUUGGUGAAUCUAGUGGAUAAUAUGGUGAAACUUGGUUCGCUUUAUCGCAACGAUGCCAACGGCAGAACUCAGAGACCUGAGGCGGUCACAUUAGAUCGUUUGGAGUUUAAUCAGAGAAUUCAAGAGAAACGUUUGUUGCAGGAAGAGCAAAAACAAUGGGAUCGUUUAAAUCCAGAUCAUAGUGAAUUACAGUCUAAAGUUCGUCAAUUAUAUCAUUUGGAUCAACUAUUACAAGAGGAAUCUGGGACUUUACAAAAUCUACAACGUGACAAAGAGGAUCUUGAAAGAGCCUUAGGUGGCUUAAAGGCUCGCAUACAGGAUACUAGUGGUCCUCCUUUGGCCUUAGAAGCUGCCAAAAAACAACAAAUUAUGUUGGAACGUGAACUAUCUAGAGUACAUCAGUUGCUGGCCGAAAAUUCUAAGAAACUUGAACAAACUGUAGCUGGAAACGCUCGUUUAGAGCAAGAACUCUUAGUAUUACGUCAAAAACUACAAGCAUCAAGAGGAAGUCAAAGUGCUCUACAAGUCUCCGAUACAUACACCAGCAACACUACAGCUAUGCUAGAAUCAGAACUUAAACGAGUUCAAACUCUUGUGGGUGAUAUGCAAAGGCAGCGCCAGGAACUCAGUUCGGCCGUUAAACAAUUGACGGAAAAUUCAAAUAGAUUGUAUCAAGAGAUUGGGAACAAAGAACAUGGCAGCUUAAGAAAUGGUGAAACCAGCAGCAACAAUGGCAGUAUUAAGAAAAGAACCAAUUCUGGAUGUUGGAUAGAAACCGAUUUGGAUACUAUGAUGUGUGUAAAUCGUACUCUCAGCGAUUCUACUAUGAAUCUAUCGACACCUCUUUAUGUGGACACUAGUUCCAACAAUACCAGUGGUAAUUUAUUAAACUGUUCUUCGACAUCAAGUAAGUUAAGCGACUACAACACAGGCGACAGUAUGACCAACGAAUCACAAAGAAGAAUGGGUUCCUCGUCUUAUCGUUAUAAUGAUUCCAGCGAUAAUUUAGAGACAAGUGGUGUGGAUAGUGAUGGUUUCUUGGAAACUAAUCCAUUUGCAAAUUUAACACAGCAGGAGAAACAGGAAAUCAAAACAGUGCGUAUAGUUAAGAGAGAAUCUGAAAGAAGACAUCGAGAUCGCAGCGAACGUUCUGGUCUAAGUAAUUCAACACAAAAUCUUGAUCAGGUGGCGGAGGAAGAACAAUAUAAUCUUAUGAAUGGUGGUAGCGUUAUAGGAAUAGGUGGUAAUUAUCAUGCUAAAGAAUAUCAAACAACUGAAAGAUCGAAAUCAUUACCAAGAACAUACAGUGAACCACCAAAAUCAUCUUCGAGACAUCAUCACAGGCAUAAGCAUGGUAGUAGUAGUCAUCACAACAGCGCCAGCACAUCCUUAUCUUCUGCUGCUCCUAGUUAUAACGAUUAUUAUGGCCAUAACGGUGUUUCUAAUGCUUACGAUAAAAAUAGUAAUUAUUCUUCACACCAUCAACCACAACAACAACCAACUUCGCAACAUAAUCAUCAGCAUCAAUUAACAAAUGGUCAUGGUAAUUCUCAGCUUCGUGAACAUUUAAAUCCAUUAGCUAAUGCUUAUUUUGCAAAACAAAUGCAGCAACAAAAGCAUCAAAAUUCCCAUUCUCAUCAUUCAUCUCAUUCACGUCAUUCUUCUCAAAGUGCUUUGCGCCAGAAGACCGAUUCUGUGCAAAGUCUAAAUAAAAGUCUAAGCGAUUUAACACCUUCAUUUCAAAGUGAAGCCGCUAGACAAAUAAUGAAUGAAAUGUCUGCAGGAUCAGCGUCAGAAGAUACUGAAAAGGUACAGGAUAAAGUUCCCUCACAGCACAAACACCGAAGAGCAGUGCCCAAAGAAAAGAGACGCCACUAUACCGCUCCCAAUAAUGUGGUGCCAGUUAAGACCAUAGAAAACGGUCAAACCGAAAAUGAUAUGAAUAGAAACAACACUAAUUGGCGUGCUCGCGAUGAUUUAGAUAUGGAAGUCGCAUUACGUCCACGUAUAAAUGCUCCCGAUGUCGUACGCUCGGCUUUAAGACAUGGCGAAAAAAUAUCUGAAAACACAAUUGAUAACUUGUUAUUGGCUCCUAACAAAAUUGUUAUACCCGAACGUUACAUACCCGAAACGACACCCGAAUUAUCACCCGAGGAGAAAAAGAGACGUCAAGAAAAAGUUGAAUCAAUUAAAAAGAUGUUGUCCGAAGCACCCAUAAGUACAGCAAAUGAGACAACUGCUACUUUACCACCCAGUAAAAUUAAUGAAGAAAAGAAGCAAAGAGAACAUCUUUUACAAUUGAAUCAAAUUUUGGCACAGCAAGUGAUGCAAAUGAGCAAAAUUGUAGCUGAAAAAGCGAUGUCUAGAGUUGAUAAUGGAGCUGACAAUGAUGACGAUUAUGAUGAUGAGGAUGAAGAUGAUAUUUCACCAAAUGGCGAUGAGGAUGACGAUGAACGCAAAUCAGAGUCACCUAGCCAACCACUGCCGAUAUACCAGCAACGCAAUAAUUAUUAUUCAUAAAUUUCAACAUUUUCUUCAACAAACAACAAGACAAAUAGUUAAAUAUUUAAACAAAAUAGAAAAAAACGCAACAAUUUAUUUUAUGUCAACACAAAAUUACCAAAAUUACAAUAAUGCAUUUAUCUUAAGUAUGAUGUAUCGCCAACAAAAUGAUACCAUACGAAAUACUAACUAAACAAAACAAAAUUUCUUUUUAAAAAAAAAAUGUAGACUAAAAAAACUUCCUGAAUUUGUUAAAAUCAAUUAAAA